AGAGAAAUGCAUAAUACGGGGAUAUUACUUAGCAGCCAACUUCAUAUCUCUUCAUAUCGUUCUUCAUCCAACUAUAGACCACAUCUUGAAGUCAUAAUUGGUCUCUCAAAGAUACGGAUAGAGAGUUCUAGAUUAAGUGAAGUCGUUUUUACAGAAGGAUUUUCCGACAACGUAUCCCAAUGGCUGAGCUUCCAUUAAUAUUUCCGUCACCUGAAAGGGAGACUCUAGAGCCUCAUCUUCCACCCCCAGCAACAGGUGUUGAAGAUGAUAUCUCUUCGUCAUCCGAUUUGCCGUUUGUUACAUUGACGUAUGCCACUUCGCUCGAUUCGGCCCUGUCUCUCGGACCGGGUAUCAGGACAGCCCUCUCCGGGCCCCAAUCAAAAGCCAUGACCCAUUAUCUUCGCAGCCGCCACGACGCCAUCUGCGUUGGAGUUGGCACAGCUAUUGCCGAUGACCCGGGAUUGAACUCCCGUCUCGCAUCGGAGUGUCCAGCUUUAGAAACUUCGCCCGAUGCUGCUACCGCGGGCGUUGGCGCGCUCUUAGGACUGGCUGGGAAAUCCACCGCCGACGACACGCAGCACACCUUCACCAGGCACCAUCCAAGGCCAAUAGUUAUCGAUCCGAAAUUGCGUUGGGAUUUCACUUCUGAGAGCAAGGUUAUGCGGCUAGCUCGGACAGGAAAAGGGAAGGCCCCAUAUAUUAUCACAGCUGUGCCGCAGCCGCCGGAGAGCAAAAGGAAGUUAUUGGAAGAUCUCGGCGGGAAGUUUGUAGUCCUAAGUGGUCCUAAAAGCCAGGACUCCGACACGGACUUAAGUAACCGAGGUUUCGAUUGGCACACUAUCCUCGCUGCUGUGCGAAGCGAGGGAUUGCGGAGCAUUAUGAUCGAGGGCGGUGGCGAGGUGAUAAAUUCGCUCCUUUCACACGGAAAUUCGCACCUAGUUGACUCGGUUAUCAUAACGCUUGCACCGACCUGGCUUGGCCAGGGAAGCGUCUUCGUUUCCCCUCUCCGAAAGACUAGCCCGGACGGUAAGUUGAGCGCUGUAGCUCGGCUUACCAGCACAGUCUGGAUGCCUCUUGGAGAAGAUGUAGUACUAUGCGGAAAACUUUUACCUCAAGAAUAAGCCCUUGAGCCACGAAUUAGCCUCCAUGAUAAACACAUCAUAGGAUGAUCCACCUAACUAACAGUUUUCUCAAACGAUCUUUAAUAAUUCAAUAUUGCUCGCCGGACUCGGAGUUGCUCAGCUAAUUAGACUCUAGCUAUUGUGGAUGUCAGUGGGCUGUUACCUACACUUGGGCGUAUACCUUAGGUAUUUAACAUCGCCUAUGGGCAACUAUUAGUCAACGGGACAACGAAAUUUCCCUUGGCAAUAAUUGGGCACAUCUCUAUGAACGGCGGGAUUUGCUUUUCUAAUUAAGAUUCUCGAAUAAUAACUAGCCCAGUGUCUCAUCUAUUUCGAAAUUCACCUAUCACCCAUCUAGACCACGGUAUUGUCAGCAAUGAUGAAGUGGAAGAUACAGGAAUGCAGUUAAUGGGUGCUUUAUGGGGGCAUGAAUACCAUGCUAUCUAUUCAAAUUACUAGCGGUUUACCGUGACACUUCAGGAACUAUCAUUUCGCUUCGCCCGUGUUGAUACCCAACACUUCCCUUUCUCUAUACACGCAAGCCCUCUACAGUUCCAAAUUGGCAAUUCCAUAUAUUCAGCGGCGUAGUUGAUAUACCACACGUCGUGGCACCAUAGAAACGAC